AUGCGAGCCGCCGCCGGGAAGGAGCGCGAUACGCAUCCGCCAAAGGAAGGAAUGGCGCGUCGUCGCAGUUCGUCGUUGUUAAAAACCUCGGUUGCAGCUGCGAAAAGCCGCUCUUCAGGGUCCGUUCAGCCGUUGUUUCACAACUCAAGAAUGACCGUUCGAAAACGCGUCGCUCCGAGGCCAGAAACAAUGCCAGCUCGGCGACUCACGUCCACCCAAGCGCCAGAUCUCCGGGGCGCGCCCGCGCGGACAUCCCCCAUGAGCAGCUGCGGAACCACCGUCGCGGCGGCGACUCGGCCGACCGCGGUCGGGUCGCGCGCGCGCGCCGACCCGCGCCUCCUCAGCGCGGCGCGCGGGGCCCACCGGCGCCGCUCCGGCCCGGGUCCCGGCCCCGGCCAACGACACCGCCAUCCUCGGGUCCUCCGGCCGCUCGCGGCGGGCCUGCCCCCGUUCCAGAGCUCGGUGGAGGACGAGCGCGACAUGUUCGAGCUCAUCAACAUGCAACACGACGACUCGUGGGUGACGUACAAGCCCCCGCCGCCGCCCCCGCCGCCGCCCCCCGAGCCCGAGGCGCCCGCGUACGGAACCUCCCCCGACAACUACGGCACCAAGGUGACCAGCGCGAAGAGCGCCAAGGCCAUCGACCUGUUCGAACGGGCGGCGACGCCGAUCGGGACGGUGGAGCGAGCGGAGGCGGCCCUGGCGGCGAGUCGCGCCAUGCAAACAAAGGGCAUCAUCAAGGUCAACCCGGGAAGCACGGUCAAGCGCGAGAAGCCCACCGCCCGGUCCUCGGACGAGGACGUCAAGGAGGCUGUGCAGGCUGUGAACUUUGCCAAAUCCUUCGCCGAGCGCAGAGCCGCGGAGGAGGCGUCCCGGCGGAGCACCGACCCGACCGCGCGGCUCCAACAGAUCACGGAGGGCAUGCGCGAGGACAACCUCGCGAGGGAGAGGCUCGCGGCCAGGACCCGCGAGGAGGCUUCCAGGCGCAUGCAGCGAAGCAGCAGCUACUACGGCGGCUCCGGCUACAGCACCCCCGGGGUGGAGUCCACGCAAUCGUCCACCAGCGGCGGCUACGGCGCGGAUCUCGCCGCCGGCGGGCUCGCGGGCGGCUCGGGCGACGCCAAGAGACUCGGGCCGGCGUCGGAUUUCUGGGAGUGGUCGCCGCCGUCGAUGCCCGCCGCCGGUCCCGCGGGCGCGGCGAGCUCGUAUUACCCCGCGGAGAUGCAGCGGCAGAAGGCUCCGGCGUACACGCGCCGCGUCGAGGCUGCCGUGGAGGUGAUGGAGCGCGCGCCCGAGCAGACGCUCGACCUGCAGUUCGAGACGACGAUCGAGCAGCAGAACGCGACGCUGCCCCAGUUUCAGAGCCAGGUUAAGCCCGCGUCGUCACCGCCGAAAGUCGAGCCGGCUAAGCCCGCCAGCGCCAGCCCCCUCGGCCUCCAGGACGCGCAGCUCCAGCAGCUCCGGGAGGUGUACCAGACGUCGACCGUCUCCGACGCGGCGAUCCUCGCCGCGGAGCAGAGGUACGACGUCGACGUCGCCGCGCCGGCUCCCGCGGGUCUCGCGGGGAGCAGCGUCGAGGCGAGUCUGGAGGACGCGUUGGCGAGUCCCGUGCGCGAGCUCGGCGUCGAGGACGGCGCCAAGGAGGGAACCCUACGCUCCGGCGCGAGGUGGUGGAGGGAGGAGGGCAAGGAAUACCUCGAGGACGGCAAGGUGAUGUCUUGGACGGUGAUUCGCGGCACGAGCGCCGACGGAAGCGUGGAGUGGGAGGAAAAGUUUUGGGAAACGUCCGACCCGUUCACGUACAGGGAGCUCGGGGCGAUCAAGUCCGGUCGCGACUCCAACGGUCAGGCGUGGCAGGAGUCCUGGAAGGAGCUGUACAACCACGACGCCAACCAGCUCCCGUUCAUCCACCGCGAGGCGUCCAAGUGGUCGCACACGCCAAAGGGGAAGUGCUGGUCCGAGGGAUGGACGGAGGAUUACCGCGCCGACGGCGUCGUGGACCGAUACUGCGAAAAGACGGGAAGUCUCGAGGACGGCGCCGCGCCCGAGGACGGUCACGCCAACCGCUGGACGCAAAAGUGGGGCGAGAAGUGGGACGGCCAGGGCGGAUGCAUCAAGUGGACGGAUACCUGGGCCAGCCGAGACCACGCCGAGGGCGGCAUGGCGAACGCCCCCUCCAGGUCCUGGGGCGAGAAAUGGGAGGAGAAAUGGGGCGACAACUACAACGAGAACGGCCGCGCCGGUCUCAGGCAGGGUCUCGCCUGGGACGAGCUCGGCGGCAACCACAAGGAGCGCACGUGGGGUGAGGAGCACUACCCCGACGGCAGGCUUCACAAGUACGGAAACUCCAACGACGGAUCGCAGUACUGGGACGAGUGGUGCGACGGCGCCGGGGGUUGGUGGGAGACGGCGCCGUCGUUCGGGUGGCACGAGGCCAUCGGGCACUCCCCGUCGCUCAUGAACGUGAGGCUGCAGCCGAGGGCGGUGAUGGGAAAAGGCAAGAACGGCCGCAACAUCAUCACGCCGCACCGGUCCAAGAAGGGCAACACCGCCCCGGGCGCCUCCUCCACCGGCGGUGCCUACAACCCCAACGCAUACCGCGGCAGCGAGAACAACCCGUACAGGCAGACCAGGCCAGACUACAACGGCGGGUCCCAGAACGGAUACAACGGCGGGUCCCAGAACGGAUACAACGGCGGGUCCCAGAACGGGUACAACGGGUCCUCCCAUCCCACCAACGGCGACGGCAACGGCAGCGGCGGGUCCCCUUUUCCGGGUGGCUACAACCCCAACGAUCCGAACGGCGGCGGCGGCGUGUACUGA